CAAGCUCUACUGCAAAUAUAUAUUACAGAGGUAGAUGAUAUAAACAGUGUGUAACCUCCUGUGGCUCAUAAACAGGAAGUGUCAACUCAAUCAAAACAACCCGUGAAAGUUCUGUGGAAAAGUGCAGGAGAAUGGAAGCUAACAGCUAAUGGCUAAAAGCUAACGAAGGUUCCCUUAUGAUGCUUUCAAGCUCUCCUCAGUAAAAAUGAGUAGCCUACUGGGCAAUAAGGAGAGAGAAACAUUAACGGCAGGAGGAGAGGGUGAGUGACGAGUAUUUAUAGGUGGAGAGAGAGGAGGAAGGAGUGAUGCAGGAGGGAGUCGAGAGAGGGAGAGAGAACCAGACACAAUAAGGAGACAAAGAGACACCAUGCUGAGGAGGAAGAGGAGCGUCUCCUUCGGAGGCUUCGGAUGGAUUGAUAAAUCUACCGUCAGCGCUCUGAGAGCUCGUAAACAGGAGCUCCUGAACACCUCUAAUGUUGCCGUGGUAGACUGCCCCCCCUCCCCCCCCCGCACUGCACCCCCCACCAUGAAGUCGGCUCAUUUCUUCGACCUGAUGGAUAGGAUGGAGGAUGACUACAUCCCUUACCCCAGGAUUGAAGAGGUGUUGGAGAGGGGGGGGGCGUACCCUCAGGUCAUCCUCCCUGAGUUCGGAGGCUACUGGAUCGAGGAACCCGACGCUGAUCCCCCCCCCUCCAACCUGGAGAUCAAAGAGGGGGAGGAGCAGGAGGGGGGAGGAGGAGGGGAGGAAGGAACAGCCAGCCCAGUGGAUUAUGGGUACCGGCUGGAGGAGAUCGGAGAGGCUGCUCGGGCAUACAGGAAGCACUUCCUGGGCAGGGAACACCUGAACUUCUCCUGCUCGGCCAGCAGUGUUGGAAACCUGCUGCUGUCUGUGAGGCACGAAGAGGAGGGGCAGCAGGAGACCCUGCAUGUCAUCAUACGGUCCCGGGUGAAGAGCGUGUACCACAGGUUGUCUCUGUCGGAGCUGCCGGAGAUCCCCAGCGUCCCGGAGCUCGCUAAGCUGCUGUGUGAGGAAGCAGCCGGUCUGCGCUUCAGUCCCGUCCUCUACCCCAAGGCCUCUCAGCUGAUUGUAAACUUUGAUGAACACGAGGUCAACAACACCUUCAAGUUUGGAGUCAUUUACCAGAGGUUUGGACAGGUGUCUGAGGAGGAGCUGUUCAGGAACAACGAGGAGACGCCGUCGUUCUCUGAGUUCCUCAAUCUGCUCGGAGACACCGUGGAGCUGCAGGACUUCAAGGGGUUUCGGGGGGGUCUGGACGUGUCUCACGGUCAGACGGGAUCUCAGUCCGUCUACAGCGUCCACAGAGAGCAGGAGAUCAUGUUCCACGUGGCCACUAAACUGCCCUUCACCGAGGGGGACGCUCAGCAGCUGCAGAGGAAGCGCCACAUCGGGAACGACAUCGUGGCGCUGGUGUUUCAGGAGGAGGCCACGCCGUUCGUCCCCGACAUGAUCGCCUCCAACUUCCUGCACGCCUUCAUCCUGGUGCAGCCCGACGGGGACAAAGACUCCUACAAGGUGUCCGUCACGGCCCGGGAAGAUGUUCCUCCGUUCGGCCCGCUCCUCCCGAGCCCUGCAGUGUUUAAGAAGGGUCCGGAGUUCAGAGAGUUCCUGCUCACCAAACUCAUCAACGCAGAGCUGGCCUGCUACAAGAGCGAGCGCUUUGCCAGACUGGAGGAGCGUACGCGGGCAGCCCUGCUGGACACCCUCUUGGAUGAUCUGUACCGGCGCUCCCAGUGCAUGCUGGGGUUGGGUUCAGGUCUGGAGGAGGAGGGGCGAUCUGAGAACGGACACACACACGGAGGACUGCUGGAGUCCAUCAAGAGGGCGAUGCGAGGGCGGAGUGUCUCCAUGGAGACGAUGGCGAGAGGGGGGGCCGGUCUGCCCACCAGUCUGAGUGGGGGGGGUCUCGCUCACAUCAGCGCAGAGUGUAAUGUGAAGUCUCCGGUAAAGAGGCGUUCAGGACUCUUCCCUCGUCUGCUGAGCGUCGACAGCCAGACGGAGAGACACACCCAGAGGAGUCUCCUCAGUGAGCAGAGGAGCUUUGACAGCUGCCAGUCUCAGGAGGUGAGGGAGCUGCCGUCCAAUCCCAGCUCUCCGGAGGCGGGGCCACGGGACAGGGGUCAGGUGAAGAAGGAGAGCAGCAGGAUCUCCAGAUCCACCUCCAGCAGCUGCAGCUUCAGCUCUGCAGACGACACACACCUGGCUGCAGAAGGGCAGACUCCUCUCAUCAUCUGCCGCAGCCCCACAGAGCUGAAAAAUAAGAACUCUCCCAGAUCCAACCUGAAGUUUCGCUUCGACAGACUGAGUCACUCUGCGGCCGGGAACUGACCUGAGAGCAGCGGGAGACUAACAGCUGCAAGAGGAGGAUGUUAAUGUGAAGAGACACACACACACACACACACACACACACACACACACACACACACACACACACACACACUGGGGCUGCAGCGUCUCACAGAUUUGAAUUCACAUCAUUUUAAGGGAUUGCUGUUCCUGCAGAAAAACCAGAUUUCAUUUGUAUGUUCUUGCCGUCAGCUCGGUGGACCUCACCCCUGUGUCUCACUUUACACUGCUCUGAUGUCUUUGAAUUAAAUUGUAUAUAUAUUUUAUUUUAUAAACUAAAUCCUAACGACAGAGUAAUCCUUUAUUUUCAGAAGUUUUUAUUUAACAUGUAAAAGUAUUUACAAGUUUUACUCUUCUUGUUUCAGGAGCUAGAGGAUCACUAAUUAAAGUGAGGCCGGGGUUAAAGAGGACUUCUUUGGUAUUGGAGUAUUUCUACUUUGUAGUAUUAGUACUUUUAUUCAAGAUAAAGAUCUUCCACCGCUGAUUUCACAUGCUCAGUUUAUGUAUUUAGAAAGGAUCAGAAAACUGUUUGAGAUUCUCCUUAAAUCAUUUGAUUUCUUCUUGUUGCUCGUAUACUAACUGCAGUACUGGGUAGUACUCUGUGCAGUACUCUGUGCAGUACUCUGUGCAGUACUCUGUGC